AUGCCAUUCCAAUCUCUUCUCCCACCAAUCGACAUUCCAGACGCAGAUAUCUGGGAGUUUCUGUUCGAACGUCCGGGCAGAGCAUUUCCUGACCACCAUAUCAUUCUCACCGACAGCUUGACGAAAGCUCAACAUACCUUCGGCGAAAUUCGAACAGAUGCUCUCCAGUUUGCAAAGACGUUGAAAUCGCGAUAUGGCUGGAAUAAAGGCGAUGUUCUGGCGAUAUACUCCCCAAACUGCGCAGCAAUGAGCGUUCUUAUCUGGGGUUGCCUAGCAGUUGGUGGUGUGGUCAGCACCAUCAAUCCUUCCUACAAUGCCGAAGAGCUCACCUUUCAAAUCCAAGAUACGAGGGCACGGUUAAUCGCAGUUUACCCAGAACUCGUCAACACCGUCCGCGAGGCGAUCCGGGAGUUCAAGCUGGACAUGGAGAUUUUGCUGCUGGAUCAAGCUACGUCAAAAGAAUGCGCCAAUAUCCCAACAUUGUCUUCGGUCCUGGAUAAUGCCGUGGUGUCGAAAGAAGAGCGCUCUACGUGGCGGAAAUCGAUCGUCCCCAGCCAGGAUCUGGCGUUUCUCAUUUACUCAUCUGGGACGACGGGUCGACCCAAGGGUGUCAUGCUGACUCACAGAAACAUCGUCGCCAACAUUUUGCAGAUAUCCAGUGUCGAAGGGCCGAAUCUUUCGUGGGAAGCCGACAAGGUCUUGGGAUUUCUUCCGUUGUACCACAUUUAUGGGUUGACUUGUUUAUUACAUCGAAGCCUGUAUAGUGGCGUACCACUUGUCAUUAUGCCCAAGUUUGACCUGGAAGCAUUUUGUUCUCUCGUUAUGACCCACAAGGUUACAUAUGCCUACGUUGCGCCUCCGGUUCUCGUGAUGUUGAGCAAGCAUCCGAUAGUGACAAAUUUCGACCUGAGUUCUCUACGGAUGAUGAAUUCAGGGGCUGCCCCAUUGACCAGGGAAUUGGUAGAGAAUGUCUACACGCGCCUGAAUCUCCGAGUCAAGCAAGGCUAUGGCCUAACUGAGACAAGUCCUACGACCCACUUACAACUUUGGAGUGACUGGAACAAUCCAAUUGGCUCUGUCGGUCAAUUACUACCAAACAUGACCGCAAAGAUCAUGUUGCCCGACGGCAAAGAGGCACCCUUGGGCGAAGCAGGCGAGAUAUGGCUACGAGGACCAAACAUCUUCAAAGGAUAUUUCCGCAACGACAUAGCAACGAAAGACUCUCUAACUAGUGACGGAUACUUCAAAACGGGUGAUGUCGGCUACCAAAACUCCAUGGGCCUGUUCUUCAUCACGGACAGACUCAAAGAACUGAUAAAAUAUAACGGAUUUCAAGUGCCACCGGCCGAGUUGGAGGGCAUCUUAAUAUCACAUCCAAAGGUCUCGGACGUGGCUACCUUGGGAAUAUACGACAAAGAAAGGGCCACCGAGAUCCCAUGUGCAUUCGGUGUGCCCACUGAUGGAGUUGUUGGGGACGCCUUACUUGCUAAAGAGAUUGUCCAGUGGCUAGCGAAAAGAGUAGCACCGCAUAAAAGGUUGAGAGGAGGAUUCCACUGGGUAGAGGCGAUCCCUAAGAGUGCGGCUGGUAAAAUCUUGCGAAAGGACCUUAGACUGCUGGCUAACGAGAUAAUUACGACUGCAAGACCUCACAAACUAUAG